AUGACCGACCGCCCGGAGAAGAAGCAGCGCACCGAAGGCUACGUCCUCUACUACUGGCCAGGCAUCCCCGGCCGCGGCGAGUACAUCCGCCUCCAGCUCGAGCACGCCGGGCUCCCGUACGCCGAGUGCGCCCCGCCCGUCGCCGCGACCGUCGCCGCGCACAUCGGCGACCCCGCGCGGCCCGACGUCGGCUCCCCCCCGCACUUCGCCCCGCCCGCGCUCCGCGUCCCCGGCGCGCGCGGCCUGCUCAGCCAGACCGCCGCGAUCGUCGCGCACAUCGCGCCCGCGUGCGGCCUCGCCGGCGCGCGGGGCUCGCGGCUCGCGACCGCCGCCGGCGUGUACGCGCGGGCGCGGGAGGAGGCGAGCACGGUGAGCCAGCUCGUGCUCACCGCGCUCGACUGGCAGCUCGAGGCGCACGACACGCACCACCCGGUCGCCUCCGCGCUGUACUACGAGGACCAGAAGGCGGAGGCGCUCCGGCGCGCGGAGGACUUCCGCACGACGCGCGUCCCCAAGUUCUUCCGCCACUUCCAGGCCGUACUCGAGUCCAACCCGGACACGGCGGGCGCGGAGGGCGCGGGGAAGACGUACCUCGUCGGCAAGCAGACGACCGCGGCGGACCUCGUGCUGUUCCAUGUGGUGAGCGGGCUCGAGUUCGCGUUCCCGCGGCGGGUGGCGAAGGCGAAGGCGAGCGGGAAGUACGCACUGGUGUUCGAGCUCGUGGAGAGGGUGAAGGGCGAGAAGGGCAUCAAGGAGUACCUUGCGAGCGAGCGCAGGCGGAAGUUUAGCAUGGGUAUUUUCAGGCACUACCCAGAGCUUGACGGCGAGGAGGAAGAUUGA